AUGAGCGGCGGCAGGGGCAGCAGCAGUAGUUACAGUAAUAAUAAUAUUAUUAAUAAUAAUAAUAGUAAUGACGGAAGUGACGAGCGGUUGUUGUUUCUAAGAGGUGUGGGAGAGCGCAACGAGAUCGGCGUUCCCUCUAAAUUCAAGUCCGCACACUACAAGAAGCCCGCUAGAAGACACAAGUCUGCCAGACAAUUGGUCUCGGACGAAAAUAAACGGAUCAAUGCCUUGCUGAGCAAGGCUAACAAGGCCGUCGAAGGCUCCGGAACCGCCAAGCGGCUUGUGUCCAAGGUAACCUACUUCAGCGUGGAGGCCCCACCGUCCAUCAGGCCCGCCAAGAAGUACUGCGACGUCACAGGGUUGAAGGGCCUCUACAAGUCGCCCACAAACAACAUUCGGUAUCAUAACGCGGAGGUCUACCAGUUGAUCGUGAAGCCGAUGGCGCCCGGUGUGGACCAGGAGUACCUGAAGUUGAGAGGCGCCAACUUUGUCCUCAAAUAG